ACCUUCUACCUUUGCCCCCUCCGGGAAGAAACCGCACAAGUCGCCCGCACUUCCUGCUUAGCCACUUUUCAUUGUUUCUUAAGUCCUUCCGAUCAGCCAGCUAAUCAUUGUUUUUGCCGUACAAAAUCUGAGUUUGAGGAAUCACUGCAAAGGAUGAACGACUCAGAAACUUUGGACAAGGUAGUCAAAAGAGAGAUCGUGCCAUAUGACAAGCAGGCUGACGUGUUCUCCAUCGACCACCACGACCACAACUGCGUCAUCACGCUUGCGCAGUUCUACUCCGAGAGGGUGGGCAGGUUCAUGUGGAUCAACGACCGGGGGGAGGUGCGGUGUGACGGGGACGUGAACGACAAUAGAACCUUCUUCAAUUACUACGUGGGAGAAAACGAAAUCGUCCGGUUUGUAGCCAGAGGAGGAAAGUACCGGAACUUCGCCAUUUCCCUGACAAAUGGAGAGUUACGCCCUUUCCAUACUGCAGAGCCCCCCAACUCGGACAUGGGAGACCCGUCCACCCAGUUCGUCCGUUCGAGAGGCAGUGACUUCGACGGGCAGCUAGUGAAGUACCAGUCCAAGAUAGACAGCAACCGCUACCUAGCUUUCGAUCAACAAGGCAACCCGCAACCGCUGGGCUUUUCCAACAAUGCUGUAACUGCGGGGGAGUUCAUUUGUUGGAACGUUGCAGUAGAGAGGGAAACGGCUCUGUAAAACUUACAAAUGGAAACUGAAGUUUUUUCACACAACCAAAACCAUUUUUUACGUUUUUGUCAGUUCUUCUGCAACAUUCCUCAGGGCAUUUAAAAUCCACUUCAGUCAUGAUUGGAUGGGGAUUUGAGGGGUUAUACAAACUUAGCCAGGUUUUGGGCCGCAUUUUUCUUGCCACUCCGCCACCUAGCGGUGACAAGAAUAAGUCGUAACUGUUACAAUCAUUGUUGCAUUGAUUGAGGAAGGUGAAAUAACCAAAACGUAGUGCGGAUACAAUUGUAACAACAAUUUUGGUCAUGUAAAAAUAAUUGAUAUCCAUAUUAAAAGAAACGGCAUAUAGAAAUUGCAAAUAUGUAGCUUUGACUGCAUUUAAUCUUCUUGAUUUUUUUGUAAAAGGUAUCAUUCGUUUUGGUUGGUGGCUAUAUGUUUGUGUACUAUACAAAAUCUGUCACAGAUGGUAACUGUCGGGCCUGGCCGCUAGUAGCGCUAUAUUUAGUCAGGCUAGUAAGUUAUUGGCAUAUUCUAUUUAGAUGUUAUGACACAAUAACGAAAUUGUAAUGGGAUAGAUCAUGUAUGUAAUACUACAAACUGCCACUGAUUUAUAGCCUGUCAAAAAUACUUAUAGUAAGUAACUGCGCGUGAUUGUAUCUGGCUUUGAUCCGAAUCUGUAUGUACGCAGACUUUGUACCAACAUAUCAUAAAAUAGUUUUGUACGUAUACAUUACGUAUGGUCCUUAGAUUUUACACCUUAAAAUGUUUCUGUACUGAUUUCAAGGAAUAGAUUUUUUCCUGUUAAGGCAUGGAUUUGAUACAGACAAGGAGGAUUGAAAAACGUUGGGAACAAGCUUUCAUUGUCUCUUACCCAUGUUACAAAAAACAGGAGACGAGAUUUGUCGAUAAAUUGUAUUUGUUUUAAAUCAAGUCCAUCAUUUUACAGGUUUGCAACAUAUAGUUUCUUUUAAGACGUAUUUUUCUACAUUAAAAAGCGUUUUGAAUGGUGACUUGUGCCCAGUAUCCGUAGCUUUGAUUGAUGAUUACAUUUUAAACCUUCAAGAUAUACGACAUGAUAGUCCUUAGAAUUGUUGAUUUCUCAAAAGUUCUAAAUGUUUUCAUACUUUUUUUCAUGCGGUAUGAAUGGAAACAUACUAACAAGCGUCUAAUUUGCAUGAUAAUACAAAAUAGCAGAACUUCAUGUGUAAUUCUGAGAUGAACAUGACCAUGCAUCAGGCAUAACGUACUGAAUGAAAAGUUAAUUCCUUUUACAGUUCUUGAUAUUUUACAUCAUGUAUCAAAUAUAUCUGACUUAUGUGUAUAUCAUUUAUAUAUGUUUCUAUGUAACGUUAACAACAAUACAUAAACAAUACAUGAAUUUUGUCUUAAAUGUGGUAAUAAACGUGUUAACAUCGAUUUAAA